CCUGAUUCGAAAGCUACGCUGCUGGUGUUUGAAAAACAUCCAACUACGAACACUUUUUGUGAAUUUAUGCAGCAUUUUUACAUUGUGCUCCAAGAAGGUGAAGGAGAAGAGUUGUUUCGUAAUUUGUGGUAAUAGAUACUUCGUAACAGCAGGCUUUCGCUUUCCUGACGGUGACGACACAAAAUGGCGCGUUUUCUAGGUACGGGAACCUUCCUGUCUGAUAGUGAAGCCGGCUUCAUCCAGCUUCCCCGAGAUACCAGACUGCGAUCAACGGACGAGAACGGGAAGAAUGAAACUUUUCUCACUGUGCUUUCUUCACUUAUUGCGGUAGACCGCUGUAGCAACGAGCCC